CAUCACGGGGCCUUCACCUCUUCUACAGGUGUUACAGGUGUCCUUCUGUGGUUUUCACGAGGGAGACCUGCGUAGCUGCAGGGCGCCGGCUUUGCUUCCUGAACUCACCUGCUGCUGGUUUGGAAGUCAAAUCAAGUCGAGCUCCAGUGAUGCACAGAUGAAUCUCUGGUAAAGUUAAAGGAGCUGAUUGUUCCUGAGAGCGCCACCAGGUGGCAGACAGAUGGCAUGCACAUGUUGGUUCUCAGGACGUACCUGCAGGACUGAUGCAGAACCAGGUUGGAUUUAUAAAACAGGUUAUCCUGAACCCGACUCUUCCCCCUGUGACCUGGUUUCACCCCUGAUUCUCUCCCAGACCAGAAAGACGUGAAACCGGACAGAGAAAGACUUUAAUAUGGUCUCUCACGUGAUGACGUCACAUGUGUAGCCCCUCCCCCUGAUGACGUCAGCUCAGAGCCAGCAGCUGGAGGAUGGUCUCUGGCUGAAAGGCUUCACUCCUCUGCAGGAACAGGAAAGGCUUCAUCAUGGCUGCCUUCGUCUCACUGGCCACGUGUCACCCCGUCACCUCCAGCCGCCAGGGCCUCAUCUACAGAGACUCUCUGUCCGUGCUGUCCAGGAACCUGAGGGCCCCCAGGAGCCCCCGCAUCCCCGCCCGUCCCCAGCUGCAGGGCCUCCACGGCUGCAGGGCCAGCAGGCCGGGCCGCCCAGAACCCGUCCCCGUGUGUCAGCCGAAGCCGUCCGGCAUCAAGCACCUGGUCCUGACCCACCUGAGAAGGUUCCUGAUGCUUGGCCCCGCCCGCCGCGGGAGGCGGGGCCUCCAGCUGCCUGGGUGACCUCUGACCUGCUGAGGUAGAGCAGGUGGUGUUGAACCAGAGCUGCUGGACACCAGAGGGCGCCACAGACUGUCAGACGGCCGGAGGUUCUGACCCACAUGAGAGGUGGACCUGAGGAACAGAACAUCCUCAGGAGAUGAAGGUUUUAAAUCUGCUGCAGCUUCAGGCCAACAGAGGAAGCUGACCCGGUCCACCCAGAUAACUCCUCCUUUAACUGAUCAGCUUUCUGAAGAGCUUCACCUUUAAUUCAGUGUCCCACUGUUUCUAAUAUAAUAUAAUAUAUAUAACAUAAACCGCUUUACAGUUUCACUUUACAGGAUGUUCUAACAGUUAAACACUCGCUUUAUUAGUUAUUAGUGAAAAUAGGAGACAAUAAUAGAUGCAUGGAAGUGGUUCAGGACAUUUUCACUUUAAUCUGACUAGAAAACACGUGACAGCUAAAGAAACAAAUAGUUGCUAUAAGAUGUUUUAGCAUAUUUCAUAUUUUAUUAUAAAACAAUUCACUCAGAUAAGUUAAAAGGAUUAAAGGAGAUUGUUAAAUGUCAGAAAUUAAUGUUUUCCAUCUGUUUGUUAUCUAUUUAUAGUUCAGAUAGAUUAGAAUCCCACAGUUGCAUCGUGGGAAAUGUAGUUGCUUGAUGUUAAGGUAUUAAAAUAUUUCCGUCUCACUCGUGAUUUUCCUUGAUUUAACAUGAAGUUAAAGUUUCCAGAUUAAAAGAAAAGCAGGAGAUGGAGAAGUUCCCCUGGUACUGACCAGC